AGGGUAACGGUUCUCGGCGAGACCUCGAAUCCAUUACCUGUCCUAUCUGGUGUGCCACAGGGAUCGAUACUCGGACCACUACUUUUCCUGGUUUAUGUAAAUGAUCUUCCCGACUGUGUCUCAAGUUCUUCAUCAUUGGCAAUGUUUGCGGAUGACUCUAAAUGUUACCAUCCCAUUAAAUGUUCUGAGGACGCCGAAGUCUUGCAGUCUGACAUAAAUGCUAUUGACUCUUGGUGCAAGGAGUGGCAGAUGUCUUUAAAUCACUCUAAAUGUGGUCUUCUUCGCGUUAUAAGAAAUUCUCAACCGAUCCAUUACUCUUACAACGUGGAAGGCAACUUACUCACUUAA